AUGGAGGAGAAUAAGCGUCCCAGGGUAACUUCAUUAGAAGACUUGAAGUUAGAAUUUGUCGAGAAACGCCGUAAAAAAUAUUUAAGACAUUUGGAAUUCUUCUCCACUUUUACACAAACUCAUCAACCAACUACUUCCAAUGAUCAGUAUACACCCUUAAAUUAUGAAAAUACAACUUUAAAUGGUGACAAUUCACCUUUAAACGAUGAUAAUAUUGAGAUAAAUAAUGAUAAUGUAGUAUUAAAUGAUGAAAAUGAUCAUGUUAAUGAAGAUAUUGUUCAGUUGAAUAAUGUUACGAAGUUAAAUGAAAAUAUAACAAAGUUAGGUGAGCCUUUGGAAUUGAAUCAAUUGCUGAGGUUAUCCGGUGGAAUAUGUGAAAUAUUGGUGUUUCCAGAGUUUAUAACUUGUUCGGACAGUUUAAUUAGUGAGGAGAUUAAUCAGAUAAGGAACAGUUUGUUCUUUGUAAGGCCCGAGGGUUCGAGGGUCUUGAUACACAUUAACAACUAUACCGCUUCAGUACAUAAUAAGCAAAAUUACAUUAGGCAUGUUUUUAGUACUGAUAUUAAGGGCCCAACAAUUUUAGACUGUGUUAUUCCCAGCCGUUUAAUGAGCGAAUUACCAAAUUUCAUGGAUAAAACUGCUAAUAACACAGAUGUUACAGUUGUAUACUAUAUAAUUGACAUAUUAAUGUUAAAUGGACACAUACUAACGACUUCAGAUUUAGAAUGUAGAUUAUUCUUUCUAGACUCAAUUUUUAUAUUAUUGAAUUCUGUAUUUAGAUUAGAUGAAUUGAACAGUGAUUCUAAGAUAUUGUUUAAAUUUGUAAAGUAUUAUCAAGUUAAUUUUGAUCAGUUAAACAAAACAUAUCAAAGUAUUAUGAAUAAGGAAUUUGAUUAUGAAACUGAUAGUAUAAUAUUCGUCAAUAAGAAUUCUAAUUACAUUGGAGGUUACAAUCCCAAUUGGUUAUGUUACAAAGAUUACAAUAUUAAUAAAUAUUGUUUAUGUGAUAAAGUAAUUUGUAAAGUUUAUAACAAAUCCGGUAAUCUAUAUACACACGAUAAUGUAUUAAUCGGCAAAUCAAACUAUGGUUCUAAACACAAAAUCCUCAGUUAUACCAUUAUAGUAUAUUAUAUUAAUAUAAUUUGUUUUAGUAUAUUGAUAAUGGAUAUUGAAGAUUUGAAGAUUAGUUACAAGAUAAUUUCUCACUCCAAGUGGUACAAAAGUACUGACACUCUGAGGAAGAUUUACGUUAAUUUCAUUAACCGAAAGCCCGGAAAUGACAACUUUAAUAAGUUGCUCCAGUCACUGUCAAAUGACUAA